UCUCUCUUUCUGGAAAGCCCGGGAUAGCACUGAAAUCUUAUAAGAAAUUUCCUAAAAUGUGAUAUGUGGGUCGUGGUGGUCACCUAUAUGUGGGAGGGUACAGGAACAUGUUAGGCCUAUAAGUAAAGGUAUAACUAGGAGACAGUAAAAAUAAAUAAAUAAAGUCUCAAUAAAAGCUGAAGUUCUUGAAUAAAGAAAUGUUGGCAGAAGUCGUGUGGAAUAAUCUUUUAUUAAUAUUUCUUUCCUUAAAAAAAAUAAAUAAAUAAAUAAAAUAAAAAAGGCAGUGAAACAGUUUUGUUUUAAAAUAGCCUAUUAAUUACAUUACAUUAAAUACAAGAAAACCAUUAAAAAAAUACCUUGAAAAAUAUGCUUUUAAACGUAGCCUAAUAUAUCUACGUAUCCCGAUAUUAUUCUUGAUAAAAUCCCCCUCAAGUCAUGUGUUCUCCUCAGCUGCCAUUAAAAACUCAUAGGACGUCCCCCACAGUAUAUAGGUGAAUCUGGUCAUAGAUAGCUCUAGACUAGACACCAUACAAAGUUAGUCAUGUUGCGUUUUCUGAUUAUUUUUAGCUUGCUCAAAAGAGCUUAUCUUUCAGAAAUAAUAUCUAAUGGAGAUACAGCUGUUUUAUUAGGUCAAGAUGCCUCACUAUCUUGUGCGCUCCAAAGCGCGUCUGGAGUCAAACAAGUCACCUGGCAGCGGGUGCGCGCUGAUGAACGCGUUCAAACUCUGGCCACAUUCAGCGAACGCUUCAAGGAUCAUGUGGAUGAUAAGUAUGUCGGAAAAGUCAGCUUCACAAUGGCUUUAUUUAAUUCAACGUCCAUUGUGAUAAAAAACGUAACAUUUGAAGACGAGGCUUGCUACAUUUGUUCGUUCAAAGUGUAUCCAUUAGGACCCAAACGGGAAACUCUGUGUCUCACUGUUAAAGGUAUAUCAAAAAUAUCAGCAACGGUGAAUCCUGCACCCAAUUCUGGUGUUAUAGUCUCAUGUUCAGCCACUGGUAAACCUACUCCAACACUCCAGUGGAAAUCCACAGAGAAAGAGCUGAACCUCAAACUGUUUAAGUCAAAUAAUUUCACAGUGCUCAACAAUGACAACUCAUUCACCACUACAAGUAACCUCACACUUCCAAUGUCACAGUUCCAAGGGAAGUAUGUAGAAUGUUUGGCUGAAAGUGGCAGCAUGGAGGACAGUCUCCCAAUCUAUGUGCCUGGAGAAGUUAAAUGGUAAGCAAAUUUUACUCUACUUUUAAUUAUUAGAACAACAUUUACUGUAAUCUAAUGUAUCAUGUACAGUGUCAUGUAAUGAACAGCAAUAUAUAUAGCCUAUUAAUCAUUUCACCCCAGAUUCGAAAAAAGUGAAAACAUCUGCUUGUACUGCAUUAAAUGUGACACGUUACUAGACUGCACAGCUGCCACUUGAUACAGCACUCUACAAAUCUUUGGGAAUAUCUUUGUUGUCUGUACAAAAGGUCACAUCAUGUUUACAUUCCUAGACAAGCUGUUUUAUAUAAUAUAAUGGUAUAUUAAAAAGUUGUAUUGAUUGUACAUGCUGUAUUAUUAAUACUAAUUAUUAAUUCAUAGAAUAUUGAUUAUUAAUACUAAUGAAUAAUAAUAUAAAAGAUAGGUCUUUAUAAUAUAGCAGUAGUCAUAGUGUACAAGUUUGUAAGAUGAUUCACUUUCUGUACUUAAAGCACUGAGUCUGAAUUUCUAAGAGAUACUGGUAACCAUCUAUAAAAAUAUAAUACUAUAAUUAUUAAUUAAUUAUUAUAAUUAAAAAAUUAUAAAUUAUUAUAACCUGAGAAUGUCUCAAAGUAUGUUUUCCCCCAAACAGUUUUUCAAGGAUCCCGGAUUCUCAAUCUGCACUUUAAUACCAUAAUGUUUUGUAUUUUCUAUAUACUUAAUAUCCUGUAUUAUUUAUUGUACAAGUAAUGUGUAUUGGAUUAUAAAGGAUUCAGCGUAACCUUACUAAGCAAGCUGUCUGAGAGUAAUUCUUUCAAUUGAAUAUUAAGAUGUAAUUUGUGUAGUAUUUAUUUAUACUGUUCAUGCUAGUAAUUCAAUAUAGAGCACUUUUGCUUUUUUAUGGAUGUUUUGUGUUUUUAACAUGCAAAGGCACAUUUGAAACCUGUGCUUCUAGGUGCCAAUACACACUUGCAGAAAAAGUAAUAGGACAGGGACUUAGAUUACUGAUGGAAAGAAAUAGCCCCUAAAGUCCCUAAAUUAUCCACUAUCCCCUCAAAUAUAGCAUGCAUGUUAUUAUUCAAUUUUCGAUAACAUGUACUACAGUAUACUGUAUCAGUCAUGGAAAAAAAAAUGUGUUUAAGUGUUUUAUGAUGCUUUAAGCUAAAGCUUUUAGGAAACAAUUGGUGCCAAAUUUAAUAGGAAUAUUUGACUCAAAAAUAAAAAUUCUGUCAUGAUAAUCUCUGCCCUUUAGCUCACUCAGAACAUUUACAUCCUAUUUUAUUUUUUUAUUCCUCUAUGAAACACAGAGUUAGCUAGCAGAAAGUCCAGGGUGCAGCUUGAUUUGCAGACACACAUUUUGCAUACAUAAUUUUCUGCUAAAUCUAUAUGAGUGAUUAUCUCAGACACCCCACAAUUGUUUUUAAGCAUUGUGUGAAUGUGAAUUGUGCUGUGCAUUCGUGACUCAUUUUGUGUGUACAUUUGUUUUUUGUUAUUUUUCUUACUCCAUCGUGGUAACACAGCAAACCCAGUCACCCUAUUUAUUGAGUCCUACAGUGAAGUCUCGUGAUGUCACAGUGUGUGAUGAGAUUAAAGGCUGGGUAAUUUCCACAAAAAAUGUCCCUGUUCAGGAUCCUAAUAAAGACCUGGCUGAUGUGGAUCUUCACAGGCACAUGUGCAACUUCCUAAACUAAAUGUCUGGACAUUUGCAAAAAUAUUUGUUGUUAAAGGGAAAGUUCACCCAAAAAUAAAAAUUCAUCAUUUACUCACCCUCAUGCCAUCCCAGAUGUGUAUGAUUUUCUUUCUUCUGCAGAACACAAAUGAAGAUUUUUUAGAAGAAUAUCUCAGCUCUGUAAUAUUUAAGUCCCUUUUUACUCUAAAUAACAUUUACUUUAACUUUCAGAUUCGAAAGUUAAACUAUACAGGCACCACAUGUGAUUUUCAGAUGUAAAAGUUAAAGUGAACAUUUAGAGUAAAGGACUUAAAUUUAGAUCUGUUUCUCACCCACACCUAUUAUAUUGCUUCUGAAUUUAUGGAAUUAACUACUGGAGUUGAAUCGCAUCACAUCUAUGUUUCCUUUAUGUGAAUUUUGGAGCAAUAAUUUCUGGCCACCAUUCUCUUGCAUUGUAUGGACCUGCAGAGCUGAGAUACUCUUCUAAAAAUCUUAAUUUAUGUUCUGCUGAAGAAAGACAGUCAUACACAUCUGGAAUAGCAUGAGGGUAAGUAAAUGAUGAGAGAAUUUUCAUUUUUGGGUGAACUAUCCCUUUAACCACUGGAGUCAGAUGGAAUACUUGUAUGCUGCCUUUAUGUCCUUUUUGAACCAUCUGAGCUCUGGUCACUAUUCACUUGCAUUGUAUAGACCUACAGAGCUCUGAUAUUCUUCUAAAAAUCUUUGUGAUCAGCAGAAAAAGUCAUACACAUCUGGGAUGAGGGUGAGUAAGGGAGAAUUUUAAUCUUUGGGUGAACUAUCCCUUUAAGUCCUUUUUUACCAUUAAUUCUCUUCCCUGCCCAGUAGGUGGCGAUAUGCACAAAUAAUGUGAAUUGCCAAAUACAAAAGAAGAAUGUGAAAGUGGAUAUUGAUUGUAUAAAGGACAGAUUUAACCACUGGAGUUGCAUGUAUUACUUUUAUGCUACCUUCAUGUGCUUUUGGAGCAUCAAAAUUUUAGUCACCAUUCACUUGCAUUGUGAAUAUCAACAGAGCUGCUGCUAAGGAAUUCUUCUAAAACUAUUUGCUUGUGUUCAGCAGAAGAAAGAAGGUCUUACACAUCUGAGAUGUCAUGAGGGUGUGUAAAUGAUGAGAGAAUUUAAAUUGUUUUGGGUGAACUAUCCCUUUAAUUCAACAUAUCUAUGAGCAACCUAAAUAAUCCAAAACCAUAGAUGUAAUGGGUCCUUGGUAUGAAUGACUGAACUUGGACCCUUUUUCAUCUUUACUGAAAAGUUAAGACUUCAGAUUUGAGCCCAAUGCACAAAGAAGGACAAACAAUACAAUUUCACAGUGUAGUAGUUUCACUUACAGUAUUAUGAAACUAAUCCUUUUCCCAAACUGAUAAUAUCCCUUAACCUAUACUUACAUACUCAGGUCCAUUUGGGUUCCAUUUUGUAAUGCACUCCAGUUAUAUUGGUAUUUGUUUUUUCAAUCCAUGUCCACAAGGAUCAGGGUCUGUGAGUAGUGUGAUGUUUGUGUUUAUAUUGGGGAGACAAGAGCUAUUGUCACACUUUUUUUUAUUUUAUUAUUUACUCCAGUGAAUAUUUCUCAGGAUUGGUUUAUUUUUGCAAAUCUAUUUCUAUAGGCACAUACAGAUGUGACAAAAAAUAGCAAUGAUAACAAUAAAACAUUUACACUAGCAAUAAGUUCAUAUACUAUUGUAUUUCUAACGGUUAUGUUAUUACCUGCAAUCAAACAAAACAGGUAGCUGAAUUUCAUCAGUUACUGUUAUCAUUUAUUGAUUUUUUUUGCCAAACGCAAAUACAUAAUGUAAAGUAGACUAGUAUGUAAUUUGUCCUGGUCAACCCCACUGCCAGCUAAUUUGGAUAUUUUCUAAAUUUAUAAGUCUGUGUUGUUAAAGGGAUAGUACACCCAAAAAUAAAAAUACUCUCAUCAUUUACUCAUGCCAUCCCAGAUGUGUAUGACUUUCUUCUGCUGAACACAAAAGAAGAUUUUUAGAAGAAUAUCUCAGCUCUGUAGAUCUAUACAAUGCAAGUGAAUGGUGAUCAGAACUUUGUAGCUCCAGAAAUCACAAAGACACAGAAGUAAUCCAUAUGACUCCAGUGUUUAAAUCCACAUCUUCAGAAGCAAUAUACAGUAAUAGGUUUGGGUGAGAAACAUAAUAUUUAAGUCAUUUUUUUACUCUAAAUCUCCACUUUAACAUUAUGUUUCAGAUGUGAAAGUGAAAGUGAAGAUUUAGAGUAAAAAAAAAAAAAAACAGGACUUACAUUUUGAUCUGUUUCUCACCCACACCUAUCAUAUCACUUCUCAAGAUAUGGAAAAAACCACUGCAG